GUGUGAUUGAAGGCGAUGGCGGCCGAAUGGAAACUGUUGAUGAUGACGACGACCGUCUUGCCACUGCCACUCGUUUGGUGCUCGUCGUCGCAUCCGCCGUGGUCGUCGAGUGCGUCGCUGCCAUCGACGCUCUUCUUGGCCUCGACGUCUGACCCGCUGGACGAUGAUUUUGUCGACGCUGUGUCUGGCAACGGGACAAUGAUGUCGACGAGCCACUACGAGAGGAGCAAUUUGUCGUCGCUGGGUGCGACGGCCGACGACGUCUUGGACGACGAACGCUUCCCGGCCUACAUCAGUUUGUUGAUGAUGUUGUCGUGCGGUUUGAUUCUGGUGGUUGGACUCGUCGGCAACUGCCUCGUGCCCGUCGUCAUCUGGAACAAUCGCGACUUGCGCAAUUCCACCAAUCUCUUCCUGCUCAACUUGAGCCUGGCCGACAUCCUCGUCCUCUGCGUCUCCAUGCCGACCGUCCUCAUCGAGAUCUACGAGCGACGAGACACCUGGAUCUUUGGCAAAGUCAUGUGUAAACUGGUGCCCUUUGUCGAGCUGACGGUGGCCCACGCGUCCGUCUUGACUAUCCUGGCCAUCUCGUUCGAGCGCUAUUACGUCAUCACUCGACCGUUGAGGGCCGGCUACACUUGCACCCGCAUGAGAGCCCUCUUCAUCAUCCUGGCCAUUUGGAUACUAGGAUGCCUCACCUCCAGUCCGAUGUUGUUCAUUGCCAAUUAUUUGGAAGAAGAUUCGGCUGGAUCAUCAGCCGGCUGCGUGACACAAGCCAACACAUUUUGGCCCAUUUUUUAUUUCAUGUCGGCCAUCUGCGUCUUCUUCUUCUUCCCGCUCAUCGUCCUCGUCCUCAUCUACACCGUCAUCGCCCGUCACUUGGUCGCCGACCCGUGCACCGCCUCCAAUCAUCGCAUCCAGGUGCAGACGUCGGCGUCGGUAGCGGCCGGAACCGACGGCGUCAACCCCAAUUUGAGGGCCAGGCGCCAGGUGGUGACGAUGCUGGGCACGGUUGUCGUCUUCUUCUUCAUCUGCCUCCUGCCCUUCCGCAUUUUCACCCUGUGGUUCAUCUUGGCGUCGGACGAAGACAUUGAAAACUUCGGCAUCGAGACUUAUUACCACGUCCUCAACUUUUGUCGAGUCAUGUUCUACCUCAAUUCGGCCAUUAAUCCCAUCUUGUACAACGUCAUGUCCUCCAAAUUCCGCACGGCCUUCCUCAAAGCGCUCGGAUUCAACUGGGCCGGCAGACGGAAGCGACUGCUCCGACAUUUGAGCCGACAGAGCACCUUCAAUACGACAACCACGUCCGGCACCGCUUCCGGCACCACCACAAGCAGCGAACAUCAACUCAUCAAGCGGAUGACCAAAGAGGAUCUACUCGUGGCCGCCAAUAAUCAACGGCCCGUCAUGCAAAAGUACGGACGCCAAGGAAGCUGUACGGCCGCCAGUCGGGCGUCCAGCAAACCUUUGUUGACCGUCACGCUUUCGACGACGUCCACCAGUAUGGCAGGUAAUCCGGCCGAUUCGUCAUGCGACAGCCACGUCUGAGUUCGUUUCGGGAACGAAACAAUUUUUGAAGACAAAAAGAAAUUAGAGGAAAAAAAUUGAUGGAUCUCAACUAAAAAAAAAAAAAAAAAAAAAAAAAGGAAUAAUUUCUUCAGUCCCAUUUUCACUGAAGAGAUGCAAACCAGGAAACAAAAACAAAAAAAAAACAAAAAAAAACAAUUGCUGUGCACAAUUUUGACAUUCUUUUUUAUCUUGCAACUAAUUCUUUGACUGUUUAACCUUAUACUAUGAUAAUGCAUAAUUAUGGGUGUACCUCAUUCAUUAAUCCCUAUAAUUCUUAUUGAGAAACACUUGACAGUUAUCUACAGAGCUGCAUGAUGUACUAAAAGAAUUUUUUUCAGGGCUUGUUAGGUCACCUGAAAUCAAUCAGCAGGUGUUUCACCAAUCGUCAUGAAAAUAUCUAUCAAUCCAUCAACAUAUUUACUUUUAAAUCGUAAUGAUUAAGGCCAGUGAAAAUGAGAAACAAAAAUGAAAAAAUGUAUUGUACAGUACGUUGCCAUCUGAUUUGUUGAAGCUGUGAUGAUGCCUGAGAACAAGAAACAAACACACGCUACACAUUAUUUUACUAUUGCAAAUAUAUAUAUAAUCUUUAAUUUAUAUCCCCUUCCCAACAGUGUGUCUUACGUCAUACCCGAUUUGCAUUAUUUCAUUCUUACUUUGUGUUUCUUCUCUUGUUCAUUCAAUGUUACUACACAAUCAAAUAUACAAUUCCGAUCGCG